AUGCUCCCUCUCGCACACUCUGGAACGCUACCUCUCGCACACACUGAGACCCAAACCCCCUCAACACUCUCAAACCUAAAACGCUCUCUACAUUCUAGGCUCGUUGAUCUUCAACAACCCUCCAAGGAAGCAUUGAAGUCCUAUUUGACGAACGACGGUCUGGAGGCACUCCCGGAGGAGGUUUCCGGAAACGCAAUCGUCCUAUUAUGCGAGUCCAUUAUGAAGGCUACACUACCUGGAUUUUCAUCCAAGGGGCUAUCCAUUGAAGAAGGGGAAUCACUACUAGAAAGGAGUGUCAAAUUGGCAGUUGAAGCCCGUGAUAGUUUCUGGAAUUCAGUCAAAAGAAAUCCUGGGAAUAGAUAUAAAAGAGCUUUGGAUGCAGCCUCCAUUGGAAGCUAUGGGGCUUACCUUGUUGAUGGCUCAGAAUACAGUGGUUGCUAUGGACCAUAUGUUAAUUUAAAGAAGUUGAAGGAUUUUCAUCGUUGCAGAUUGCAAGUUCUCGUUGAAGCUGGUCUAGAUUUGCUUGCUUUUGAGACCAUUCCAAACAAACUUGAAGCUCAGGUCUUUUUAUUUUUUGUUUGCUUUUUUCUUUUUCUAAUAAGCAUGUUCCAUAGAAGUAUACCUUGA